AUGUCCGAGGAUCAGGAAUCGGCGAAGCGAACCAAUGAGCCGCUGGGAGUGGGCAGCGAGGGAUCGCAUUCACCGAUACCGGGCGGAUCCCAAGACGCCGACCCUCCGCUUCGCCAGACCGAUGAUCCAGACGCUAAGGACAAAUCUCCGAGUGAUAGAGGGCGCCGAAUGUCCACCGAUUCUCCGGUGUCCGACGAAGAGAUGGCCCAAGGUGCCGCCAGUACCAUGCUCAAAUCUCCGCUCUCCCCGAAAAAUGUUGAAAGCGUACCGAAUCAAGACAUUCCCUCCGGGGUGCCUAGCACAAAGGGCGAGUACAGAUCUGGCGAAUCAACCCCGUCGGCAGGAUCCCCUAUUUGCAAGAUCUUUCCUUGCAUGAGCGAACGAGAGUUCAUCAGCAGGUUGGGCAGUUCGACGCUCGCCAAGUCUGUGAUGGACGUGACGGGAAUCAAGGAACCCAUUCGAGUUCUGUUGACUGCCGCGACUUCGGACCUCUCGUACCUAAUGCUCAUUCCUCUGGCGCGCGGCGACGUGUUCGGCACCGACCAGAGUAUGUUUAUUCACCUGUACGACGAAGGAGAAACCAUCUCGGACCUCCACGGAAUAGCCAUGGAAAUCGAAGAUUGUUCGUUCUCUCUCGUUAAGCAAGUAAUUCCGACGGGGGAAGACGAGGUAGCCUUCCUGAACGUGGACUUCGCGUUCCUUAACGAUUCCAUGGCUGCAGACGGUGACAGGCCCGCAUUCGAGAGGAUCGUGCAAGCGUAUGCCGGGCAUGGCAAGGCCCUUGACGCCUACGCUAAGAAGACGGUCAAGGUUAUUGUCUCGGGUAGUCCCGUCCAGACUAACACGUUCAUCUGUGUGAAAUUUGCCAAAACCAUUUCAUCCGAAAACUUCACGGGCCUCGCGCGACUCAACCACAAUCGUGCCGUGACAAUGCUUUCCCAGAAACUUGGCGUGAUACCCAACAAGAUCAUCAACAUGAUCGUCUGGGGUAACAAGGGAACCACACUUUAUCCGGACUACAGCAGGAGCGUUGUCGUCAAAAAAGCCCGGCGGUACAGAAUCUCGGACCUGAUCAGCAAAGACUACCUGGACGAAGGACUUCCCGAGGACGUCCGCCUUCGAGAGAGCUUACUCCAGAAACUGACCAAACAACCGGGUCUAAUGUCCAGGGCCAAGGCUGCGUGCGACCAGAUGAGGGACUGGUGGAUCGGCCUACCCCCAGGGCAGUUCGUGUCGAUGUCCGUCUUCAGCGACGGUAUCUACGGCGUUGCGACAGACAUUGUGUUCACGUACCCUGUCUUCAUCGACAACAAGCAAACCUGGAGGAUCGUCCAGGGCUUAACCAUUGGAGACAACUUGCGUGCCUGCCUCGACCAGUCGUCCAGAGAGUUGGAACAGGAGAGAGAUCAGGCUGUGGAAAUCUGUACUGAGCUCGGUUUGUAA